AUUAAAAGGUGCAACCUUAGUUGACAACAUUGAAUUGAAAAAUGUGGAGACCACGCAAAAUGUAACGGCAAGUGGUGAAGCAACUGCACUUUUGGCUGAGUUCAAACUUUCAUUGAACGCCUACUUCAAAGAUCUCGUGUCGUCUCCCAUACGAUCUCUAGCAGAUGUCAUAGAAUUGAACAAUCAGCAUUCGAUCGAGGAGAGGAUGAAAGAAUAUGGGCAAAUAAUCUUCCUUGCAUCACAACAAACAAAUGGCAUAGGCGAGGCUGAGAAGAUUGCUAUUAAGAGAAUGGCUCAACUCUCACAGGAGGGAAUGGAGGAUCUUAUACAAGAGAAAAGCUUAGAUGCUGUGGUGUUCCCCGGCUUUAGUUUGUCACAUUCUAUGACGAUCGGUGGCUUUCCCAUUAUUAACGUACCAGCUGGAUAUAAUAACUAUGGUGCUCCUUUUG